CUUUAGUGUUUCGGUUGUUGACAAGCUCAUGAGGUUAUCUGACACAUGUUGAAUAGUUGACGGAUUGAAUUAAAUACACAAUUAUCCACUAAUAAAUAAUCUAAUUUAAUUACUUUAGAAUACAUACACUAAAUAAAACUCAAAAUGGGACGUCUUGCUGUGCUUGCAGGUGAUGAUACAACUAAUGAAAAAUCUCGAACAUUUGUUUUCCAAGAUGAGGGUCAUACAUUUGGAAACGUUCUUCGAAGCAUAAUUUCACAAUAUCCAGAUGUUCAAUUUUGUGGUUAUACCGUUCCUCAUCCUGCAGAAACAAAGAUGCAUUUCAGGAUUCAAAUGCACCGAGGAAAAGCAGUAAAUGCUCUCAAACGAGGGUUAGAAGAUUUAGAGAAAGUCAGUGAUCAUGUUAUAGAAGUUUUUACGAAAGAAUGUGAAGGUGAAACGCCUUUAAGUUGAAUCGUAUUGCAUUAUAAUAUAUUGUAUGUUAUAUAUAUGUAUAUUUAAGAGUAAAAUUUUGUAAAUUUGUAAGAAAUGGUUAACCGUAUUGUUUCCUAAGGGCAUGAUAUUGGGAAUGGUAAAAGUAUGGUCAACCAUAACAGAAUAUUUAUACGCUAAUUUAUAAAGUUGAAUAAAUAAUUUUAAAAAACAACA